AUAUUAUAUAAAAAAUACAUUCUGAUGCGUAGAAAAAUUACCCGUGAAAUAAGAAUGUGACGUUAUUCAACUUGUUAUAUUGCAUUAUUUUUUUAACUACGACUACGACAAAUUUCAGUGGUGCAAGAAUUAGACAUGUUUUUUUUUCAGAAAGAACGACAUAUUUUGUGUUACAACACAUAUUGUCAUAUGGUGAAGUUGGUUUUCUUACAGAACGAACGACAUAUUUUGUAUUAGAACGAUAUUGGUGAAAAGGUAAUUAAAUUUUCCACGUUACUUUUUUCCGCAAAAAAGACACAUUUCAACUUAUGACACCGAAAUUGAUGUAUAUUUCUCACAAAUAACGACAUAAUUCAAAAGGGGUCACGUUUAUGCCUAAGACAAAUCCUUAGUAUACUCUUUUUAGUCCACUUAUGCUCGGCAUUUUAUUAACUAUAUUACAUUCCACUAGUUUAUUCAAUAAAUUUAUUGCGUUUUUCUAUAUUCGCUAGAUAAGAGUCAAUUGAAAACUUUAAACCGCUCUCCUGCAAAAUCUACUUUUUUGAGUUGUGACACUAUUCAUGUAAAUGAUCGAUAUGUUUAUAUAUGAAGAGACUAUGUUGUUUAUGUACUUAGUGUAUGAUUCGUGAAACCCCCUGAAAUUUAUAAGUAUGUAUGUUUGUUAUCAAUGGUGAUUCGAUAAUAAACAUAUGGUACGAUGGAAAUAUCUUUUCAUAGCAACACGUUUUGCCAGUACUACAGUUAAAGACAUAAGACAAAAGACAUCUUUAAAUAUGGCAGGGGACCAAAUACAAGAAAAUAUAUCUGUAAGCAUAGAUAAAAGUUCACUAUCCAAAUCGGACUGUAUACAAAUUCAGGUAAUACAAUUAUGUGACCGGGACAAAGUACUAGAUUUCCUACGAUCGCAUUACUAUCAGGAAGAACCUUUGACCAUUGGUAGUGAACCAAAAGAACAAGAUCCGGAAGAUGAAAAAUUUAACAUGUCACAGAUUACACACGGAACAUGUUUAAUGGCAUUGAGUGGAGAAUAUAUUGUAGGAGUAUUAAUUUCGGGACCAAAAAGUAGUAACGAAGCGGAACAUCUAUUCGAAGAUGCCGCGCGAUUCGGACCUACUAAAUGGGGUGCAGCUCUAACAAUCUUGGCAUGCGCAGAAAGAGACUCCAAUGUCUAUAAACGUUAUAACAUUGCGAAAGCUUUGCAUAUUCAUAUAUUAGCUGUCGACGCAAAACUUCGUGGUCGUGCGAUUGGCUCACGCCUCAUAGGAGAGGUUAAAAAUCUUGGCCGACAAUUGAGUUAUCCAUUGUUGACUUUGGACUGCACCAGUUACUAUUCAGCAAGACUUUGCGAGCGUCUGAAUAUGGACUGUGUGAAUGUUAUAAAAUAUGAAGAUUAUCUGGAUGAAGAAGGCAAGCCUAUUUUUAAACCGCCACCUCCGCAUGAAUUCCUUAAAACAUUUGCAACGAUAUUAUAAGUGUUAAAAUAAUAUACAACUUUCGCAGUUACUACGAGCACAAAUAUAAAUUUUGAUUUGAUAUCACACAGCUGAUAAAGUAUUACAUAUUGAAAACAAGUAAGGGAACACGUAUGUGGGCGGAGCCGGUCAUUGAUUCGAAAUGUUAAAAAUGGAGGGCUCGAAAUAAUAAAUAAACUUUUUAUAAAUAGAUGCCGAACUACAACGAAUGGUUGCAAAUCCUUACGAAAUUGUUUAAUAUUGUUUUUGUAUUUCUGUUCACCUUAUAAUAAUAAAAAAGUGAUUACGAGUUAUUAGUAAA